GUAAGGACUCUGCUUACUUGUUUCACACAAUGUACAUAUAUACACAUAUAUACAAUGAUAAUUGUUGAAGAAGACAUGGGAUUCAUGUUUGAGUGUUACAGUUAAAAAUUCUCUCAUUUCUUGAUCUUUUGCUAAAUCGUGGCUGCCAAGAAAGUGAUAAAAGAAAAUUAAAAAAACAAGUCCUCAAGGUCUUCGAACAUUUUAUACUCAACAAAACACUGCAACAUCGCUUUCACAACAAUGGCUAGAAUCGAUGAAUUUGCUCCACAGAUGGUUCAACUACAUACUCAAACUCAAGAUCAUCCCCUUCCAUCAACAACCCCCUUCAAGAUACAAGAACCCAACAACACCCAGUUUCAGAUUCAACCAGCAAGAGGUCUCUUCUUCAGGAAGCUCUUUCGGAACCUCUUCUACAUCCACUUCUUCCUUAUUACCAUCUUGGUAAUCGUCCUCACCAUCCGCGGCCUCAUCUCCGCCGCCACCAACCACCACUUCCGCCCUCUCGAAUGGUUCCCGCCGCUCCUCGCUUCAACGGCUUGUGCCGGAAUCUUCAGCUUCGCUUGGCAAUCCUUCACCCUCUGCAACCCUUCAAGAACCCUCAAGGCGGCGUUUUGGCUCGGCCCUCUGCUAACUUGCGCAGUCGGUAUCUUCCUCGUCUCCAUUGGCUCCUCCAGAAGUUUGGCCCCAGCCGUCAUCGCUCUUGUUUCAUCCAUUGUACUCUCCCUCUACUCCUGUUGGGUCAGUCCUCAGUUUGAUCAUACCAUCAAGGUCCUAUCGAUUUCCACUGCGUUCCCUCCACCUAGAACCACCGUGCUCGUCGUUCUAACGAUAAUCUCUUGUACUUUAUACUCGUCUUUCAUGGUGGCCGGCAUUGGUGGAGCCACCGCUACCGGUACAGUUUUCGACAGCAUCUUUAUCUUGGUACUCCUCUUAAGCCUAGCCUGGACAAUGCAGGUAAUCAAGUACACAUUGCAAGUCACAAUCUCUCGAGUCAAGUACAUGAACUUCGCAAGUGGGACAGAACUCGACAUAAAUGUAGCUUUCCGCGACACCCUCAAGCACUCACUCGGCAGCAUCUGUGUUGGCUCAGCCCUCGUGCCAAUUCUCGGUCUCAUCCAGGGUUCAGCACGAGCCCUUAGCUUGAUUUCAGGUGAUACAGAUGAGUUUCUGUUCUCGUGUGCUAAUUGCUACUCGGGAGUCGGUUCGAGGCUCAUAACGUACGCAAAUCGAUGGGGUUUCGUAUAUGCCGGGGCCUACAACAUGGGUUUCGUUCAGGCAUCGAUCGAUACAUGGGAGAUGUUCAGAAGAGGUGGGUUGGAGCAGGUGAUUGACUCUGACCUCACAAGUUCAUUCUGUUUCCUAAGUGGAAUGGCAAGUGGUGCAGUGUGUGCACUACUAGGUGGACCAUGGUGUCUUGUGGUACACAAAGGAUAUGCAGCUGAAAUAUCAAUCUAUGCCUACUUGAUUGGGUAUUUCAUGUGUCGAGUUGCCAUGGCGUGGCCGCAAGCUUGUGUUUCGGCGUACCUUGUUGCCUAUGCAGAGAACCCACAACACCCUCGAUUUGACUCAACAAUCCCGGUUCGCAUUCAAGAGUUGCAGAGAUCUCGAACCCAGACAUCACAGAUAACUCACUUUACUGACCACUUGGCAGAAGCAGAAGCAACCAUUUCCCAUUAACAGACUCAAUUUUUCACAUUCAUUUUUGAGAUAUAGUUUGAAUAUAUGAGACAAUGAAUUAGAUAAAAAGCAUAGCAAAGCUGUAAAAAUUUCUGUAAUUUUUAAAGUGGAGGACAUAAUAUUGACAUUGAAUUUUUGUGUAUAUUAAAUGGAAUCUUUGAUUUGGUUUGUA